AUGAGAGCAUACCUGGACGUGCAAAGCCCGGCGGGGAGAAAACGACUGUUUCUCGAAUUGUUCCCGGACCGAGCUCCACAGGCAUGCAAGAACUUUGUCGGCCUGUGUGCGGCGCCAGAUGGAUACAAGAAUAGUGACAUCCACAGAUUGGUGGCUCCCGAGUUCAUUGUUCAAGGAGGAGACGUGGGCCGAUCUGUGUUUGACGACGGCGAAUUUCCGAUCGAGAGUCCCGGCUGGUGCGACUUGUCGGAGGGCGGAUACCUGUGCAUGGCUUCUAAUGACAAGGGGCGAAAUCUGUGCCAGUGGUUCAUCACACUAGAGGGAUACCCACACUUGUCUACCUCCAACACUGUGUUCGGGCGCCUGCUGGAGCCAGCUGCGUUGGAGUACCUCAAAGCUUUGGGCGAUAUACCUGUUGACGACAACUACAGGCCUCUGGAAAGUGUCAGGGUCGUCAAGUGUGGAGAAAUGAGAUGGGAGGAGGAAGAACCCAGACAGGGUGCGAGCUGCAGAGACAGACACGGAUCGAGGUCACCAGGGAGGUCUAGAAGACGCCGACGAGACAGAGACAGAGACAGAGACAGAGACAGAGACAGAGACAGACCCCGAGACAGACCCCGAGACAGACCCCGAGACAGAAGCCGGGAGAAGCGUCGGUCUGAGGAAACCGACAAGAAGGGAUUCGACAUACGAAAGAAAAAGCGACAGACCGAGGAGAGAUACAGAGACCACAGCGAGUCGACCGAACGACUACGGAGGUGGGACGACCGACACAGUCGCAGACCGAGAAGCCGAUCUCCCUCUGAACGGAUUUCUGAACAGAGAAUUAAACAGGACAUUGUUCGACACAUCAAUACUGCCAACAUGGAGCCUCACUCCCGAAGACCCAGAGAUGCUUCUCCUCGCAGGUCGGAGUCUGAAGCGUAUGGGAUAGUCCGUAAAGGAAGGGGUACUCCCAAGUACGGCUCUACUUCUGGCUCCCGUUCAGAAUCUGGUCGUUUGGGCCGUCCCAGUUGA